CUGAGUGAAUAUUUUUUCCACCAAGUUUUAUCCACCAUUCCGCCUAAACGUAAGAAAUCCACACGGACGUUUGUUCCCAAUACGGGACACAACGAACCCGAAUCACCAGGCGUUGGGUCACAGUCUUCAGACGACGAAGAAUACGAUGAUUUCUUCGAGGAAGAAUACACUUUCGAUUUUGAUUUUUCUCACCAAGUGGUGAACUUCGACCCGGUGAAAGUACACUCUGCUUUAUUCAAGCUCUUACGGAUCCACAACCCGAAGAGACCUUGGAAAUAUGAUCAUUGGCCUCUUUUCGCCUCGCUAGCAGGAUUUUGCGAUGUGUAUACCCAGCCCUCCGACAUGGACUACAAUUACGAACACGUCCUAUCUCUCAGACGAAUUGCCAACGCAGUAAUCGCGCUGAACUACAACACACACUCCCGUUCCAAGACCCCUCGAUUUGAUCUCGCCUUUGCGUUAGCCAACAUAGUUGAAAAAAUAACGGUCUUACUAAACUGCUCGGAUUAUCAGAGACUCGCAAAUGUCAAUAACGACGAUACUCACUGGGAGGAAAAUUUACAUAUUUGGACGCCGCACAAGACACUAUCUGGUAUAACUAGCCUUGCCGACGGGUUCCAUGAUUUGAAACUACUCUACAACAUCGCCACAGUUUCGGUGUACUGCAUAUAUCUCCUCUACAAAAGAGUCGGCUACAGUUUAGACAUCGGUUCAUAUAACCCGUUCGCCGACUUUUUCUUCCAACUCUGGGAAAAUCUUACACAGGUGAUCAUAUAUGGCUUGGAGAUAGAUCGCAGAGACGAGAAGCUCAAUUUUCCAGGAUAUCCGCCGAUUGUGCGACAAGUGAUCAAAGGAUGUGCUGCUCUGAGAUCAAUCACAGCUGCCGCAAUAACAGCGAAGGACGAAAGCUAUGAGCACGAUCUUGAACACAGCUCGCUGUUUACGUUUAUGCGACCUCUUGGCCGUCGCGCAAUUACCGGGUCAUUGGCGAACAAAAACGACAUCCACACCUUGCCUGCCCGCGUUGGUAGCAUUGAUUUCGAGAAUCUGCCGCUCAAAUUGAUUCUAAAUGAUAGAUACGACGAAGACGUCAUGUACAUGUUCGAGCUGAGUCUGACGAGAGACGUGAAGGACGAUCCAUAUUUUGCACACCACCCGGACAACGAUUCUGACUUUGAUAUUGACUGCGAGUUCCAUCCAAGCUGCCCCUGUGACAUGGAGAGAAGAAAACGACAACAGGCUAUCAUAAAGUCUCUGGGUGACCCGAUCAAGGGUACGUCGGGAGAGAAAGAUCCAUUCUUGCCAGAUGAUAUUCUCCAACCUCAUUUUUCGCCAAUCCCUCUCCAAUUCGAUGAGCUAGGAAAUGACCUGCGAGAAAUUCCACGGGGACCAAAUACACAGCUAACCGACGAGUUCGUCGAACUCUUACAUAAGUCCCAAGACGAUGUGGACAUAUUCUUCACAUCUCCGGACGAAUUGCUCGACCACCUGGACUAUGUGUUUGACGACACAGACCACGCCUGUCCUUGCGAGAAAGUGGUGCGCAGUGUUGCCUGGAUUGUCAUGUACGAAUAUGAGGCGAGCUUGAUGACCGAAGAUGAGUUGCUACAGAAAGAAAAUGAUCCCGCCAUAUCAACUGAGGAGCUAAUUAAUGUUGUUUGCGACUCAGUCAAUUACAAGGUUUUAGUGAAGCGAAACCCAAGUCUCUACUUUGCAAUGAUGGACGAGCUUCUGAUGACCCCUGGCGCUAGAUUAAAACUUCUACGUCAUCUUUGCAUGCAACAGUACCAUCACUGGCAAGUCACGUAUCUUCACGACUUGCUCAUCGAGGAGCGUGGAAGAAGACAAAAUGAUAAAAAUUCUCCUUUGGGGCGCACAGAAUACCCAUUCAGUCGAAAAGGGCCUCUGAUCUUGACCGAACACGAAAAGAGUGUUGUUGUCGACACCUUUUUGUCUAAUCAAUUUGAUCAGUUGAGACAGGUGGGCGAUGACAAGAAUUCAUACGAGAUUCCCUUGAAAGUUAUUUGCAUAAUGCUCAAGUCACUCAAAAUCAAGGGAGUUUGUGUGCGCAACAUACAGAAAUUUAGAAUUGAGCUCCAGAGUUGGCUGAUUCAAUCUGGAGGACUGGGAAAGUUUCCUGAAGCACGCGAGCUGUUUUUCGAUAGUCAGAAUGAAACUCUGAUUGCCGAAGAGGAGCCAAGACGGUUGACCACGGAGAUAGAUCGCAUUCCCGAAGUGGAGCAGGACGGCCCCAAGCUCGGUGCCUUGCUUCUGUUGAAACUUUUCAAAGAUGAAGGCACUGUGUUGUUGGACCUACUGCUAAACUUUGGCCAAUACUAUCCAAAGAAACGUCCUGAAAUUCUGUUUUUUCUGAGCGACUUGGACAGGUUGGAAGACACUUUUACCAGCCAGAUGCAAUUGGUUGUUAUAUCCGAUUAUGUGUUCAUGUAUAUAUGGCGUGCGCUUCAGUGUCAGGAUGCGAAUGCAAUUAGGAACAUGCUACUCUGGACAAGGUUGAUCGACGAGAAUUACGACUGUUUGCCGAAAAUCCAAGACUUUAUCAACCACAAGUUUGAAAAUGUUCCCUGA